CUCUGUAUUGUCUCUUUCUGUACCCGUGCCUCUCUCUCUCUCUCUCUCUGGAUCUCACUCUCUUCUCAAUUUCCCUCUCGCUGCUUGCUACCUGUCUUUCCUUCUCACUCUCCCUCACUCUCUGUGUCGCUCAAACUCUCUCACAUUCUCUCUCUCUCUCUCUCUCCCUCCCUCUGUACUGUCUCUUUCUGUACCUGUGCCUCUCUCUCUCUCUCUGGAUCUUGCCCUGGUCUCAUUCUCCUGCUCUCUCUCUCUGUCUCUCCCUCUCCUGCGAUUCUAAUCCCUUUUGCACCUCGUUCACCUUUUUUUUCUCGCUACCUAUCUGGCUGUGUGCGCGCGUGUAUCUCCUACUCUUCCGUCCUUAUUGCUCACCAUUCCCUCCCUUAAUAGCUCUCUCUCUAUCUCACUCUCUCUGUCUCUGUCUCUGUCUCGAUGUCUGGGCUGCACUGCUCUCAGAAGCUUUCUGCACCCCCGCUGUUCCUGGGCAUGUUGCUGGCGGUCCUGCUGAUUCUGAUGUGCCUGGUCCCCGUGCAGGCGGCUUCCUGCUGGAUGCAGAGCCUCAGUGAGGACGCAAUCGUUGCCAGGGUGCAGGAGGCGAUUCUGCGGAACCUGGGGCUGGCGGGACCCCCGCAGACCUGCGACGCAACCAGUGCGGAGCUGCGGCGCAAUCCCUUCCAGAACCGCCGACUGGCCCGGCGCAUCACCCGCUGGAUUGGCCACCAAAGACCCUACAAGGAAGAUGACAAGUCAGAGAUCAUUUCAUUCCCUGUGACCAGCAUCCCAUGUGACCUACGUUAUGAAGGAUUUGUGGGUAACUAUAGUUACGUUUUUCAGCCGUCCUUGCACUCCCACCAUUGCCGAGUGAUUUCUGCUGAGUUCUGGUUCUACGCUGGGGUCCAGCUGCCCCCCGGGACUGACCCUCCAGCCGAGCUGUACUUCCUCACUGAGCCUGGCAGCUUUGCCUCAGCAGCCGAGAGCGUGGUGGUUGAGGGACAGUGGGCCAUUUUUCACAUCUCCGAGCACUUCCUCCCGUACAUCUCGCACAAGAUACUUUUUCUGCAGGUCAACUGCCCGGGUUGCCACUGUGUGAUGGACCAGGUGAACAUGCCCUUCAUCCAGUCGUCCACAAAGGCCUCAGGGCCCUCUCGAUCCAGGCGCUCCACAGUCCCCUGGUCCCCUGCCUACGUCAGUCUCCUGCAGAGGCCGCCGUCUGCUGAGCUGAUCCACGAUGAUUGCCACCGCUCUGCCGUCAACAUCUCCUUCGAGGAAUUGGGAUGGGGCAACUGGAUUGUCCAGCCCAGCGUCUUCACCUUCUACUACUGCAAUGGGACCUGCUCCAACUCCAACCGGCUUACCUCCAGCCUUGGCCUCAAGGUUUGCUGCACCUCGGUUCCCGGAACCAUGAAACCACUGAGGGUCAGGACAACCUCCGAUAGCGGCUACACCUUCAAAUACGAGACUAUCCCCAAUAUUAUCACUGAGGAGUGUGCCUGCAUUUAAACCUUGCAAAGCCACCCCCACCCUAUCCCCACCCCCACCCUCACCCCCACUUACCAGGACAGAUGGCUUACCACACCCUCCAGGAUUGUCUUGGACUCUACAGGAGUGAAAGGUUAAUCUUCAGGCAAAUCCAAGAAAAG